GACAUUUUUAUUUUCUUACAAAUGACACUGGAGAGUUCCUCUUCGAAAAUGACGACUGACAAAAAACCAGACUCUUCCACGUCAUUAAAUCUGUCAGACUUUUUAUGGCAAUCGCCUCUUAUAUACAACUGUCACUUUGAUGAGUCUGCAAAGCAAGCCAUCUUGUCACGAUGCUAUGAAACUUUAUGGAUGAACAACGAGUCGAUAAUGCAUCAAUAUUUCUUCACUUCCAGACAAGACUUGCAAGAAUCUCUCAUUCAUCAAUCUCAUUGUCAUGAUGGAAAAGAGCAAGGCAUUGUCACAGAUCCAACCUUAUGGCACACUAACGCCAUCUUACCAAAUCAAGAUCUAUCCAGUCAAAAAGGUAGACAAUGUGGCCAUGUUUUUCGAAAAGGUGAGCCUGUGUAUCGCUGCAGAAAUUGUGGAUUGGAUGAUACUUGCGUAUUUUGUUCCAAGUGCUUUCAUGCAACAAACCACGAUGGUCAUGAUAUCCUAUUCUCUGUUAGUCCAGGAUCCGGUGGAUGCUGUGACUGUGGGGAUCCAGAGGCAUGGAAAGUGCCAUUGCAAUGUAAAAUACAUACCAGUGAUAAAUCAAACACUUAUAAUGAUGAACCGGGUUCUGAAAGAUCACCACUUAAUCCCGAGUUAGUUACGGCUAUUCGAUCUACUAUUGCAUCCGUUCUCAACUUUUUAUUGGAUACAUUUGCUUUAGCCCCCGAUGAAGUAGCUUUAAACUCAUCCACAGAGGAUUUAGUGAGAGAAAAUCAAGAACAACGAAACAUCCUAAGUAGACUAGGUAUUCCGUCCCAAUUACCCAACGAAGAAGGAGAUACGAAUAUGGAAAAUAUCAUAGAUUCUACUGCCGUUGAAGAAGAUGUAGAUAUGGAUAAAGAAAACUCCAGCAAUAGAAUCAGUCCAGUAAACACCUCAAAGGAAGAUGAUGGUGAAUUAUAUGCAUGUAUUGCUUGGAACGAUGAGGCUCAUGCAUUUUCUCAUGUGCUGGAGUCAAUCAUGACCGCAACAGGCUGGGAUUGGGAAAAGGCGAAGCAAAUUGUCGAUGUGAUUCAUGUUCAUGGCAGAGAGAUCAUUGCUGUAUCAAAAGAUAUCGCCGAACUUCGAAAGAUCGCUGCACCACUAUCUGCCAUCAAUCUUGGCGUCACAAUCAGACCAGCUAAAGAGACUUUUAGAGAACAAGUAUGUGGUUUAUUAGUAGAUUGGUUGAAUGAAUUAGUCAAUGGUCGGAAACGAUUUUUUGAAAAUAUCCAUAAUGGCGAUGCUGUGAUACGUAAUAUUUUAUCCGAAGAGUUAUGCGCUGAAUGGGAGCUUCGAUUACCCCUUGCUCUUUUAACCACAGGAUUAAGAACAAAUAACAAUGCAAACGAUGACGGGGACGACGAGGAUGAAGAUGAUAUGAAGGAUGAUAUGGCAAUGGCCACUUCAGAUAUCGCUGAAGAUGUUGAAAUGUUUGAACCAGAUGCAGAUGCAGAUAUCAAUAUCAAUAGUAAACCAGAAAGUCCGGAAUCUUUUGCUUCAAGUCCAAUCAUAUACCGUAACCAAUGUGAUAUUGCUAGCAUUGAUUGGGAUCCCGCUGCGAUGGUAAGAGAAUAUCAACAAUUGAGAAAUGCUGAAGUUGCAUUCGGCGAGUCUUUAACGACCAGCGGAUCCUACAAAAGUGCUUCUUCCGAAGGCAAAAAACCGGCUGUUUUAAACAAAGAAACUGCUUAUUCUGCCAUGGGCAUGCAAAAAGAAUUCGAAGAGAAGUUACGCUUAGAUUACUUCAUGUUAUACGAUCUCAAGUUAUGGAAGGAAGUUCGCAUUUCUUUACGGGAGUUAUACAUUUCCACUCUUGCUUCUAGUCCCCACUUCAAAAAGAUCUUGGGUAAGCGUUUGGCAAGGAACUAUGCCCGCUUAGCUGAAUCCUUUUUACUACGUGAUCGUGAGCCCGAAAAUUCAAUCAUUUUAUUUUCUGUUCAAUUAUUAACCGUACCUACUGUUUCUGAUUUGCUUGUACACAACUACUAUUUCUUCGGUCUCAUUUGUUCUACACUAACUGCAUUCUUCUUGACGGAUCGAUUAUAUCUUUUGUUACCUUCUGAUCGUGCUAAAUAUCCAUCUCGUAUAAACUGUGAAUCCCGUGCUUUCCGAACGCGUCGUUACUUUAAUGCAUUUCAUGAUUUGCGAUAUAUCAUGAAUGUAGACAUGAUUAAACAAGUUCUUGCUCAAGAUCCUUUGUACCUUCGUCAAUACUUGGAUCUUAUCAGUCUUUUCCAGGGUAUGAAUGCCCAGGUGUGCCAAAAGGAUACGCAUGUCGAAUACGAAUCUGAAAUCUGGGUAAACGCGUUUAACGUCACACUCCAAAUCGCCAAAUGCUGUCGACAAUUCUCUGACUGUUUCUCCACCUUACCAAACACCACCAAACAAGACAAAAUUGAUACAGCCACUACAGUUGUUCGAGCUGUUUCACGUGUUUUGAAAAAGAUUAUGGAUUGGGGAAAAUUGGAUCCCGAAGAAGAAGCCGCCGAUAGGGCAAAACGUGCUGCUGCUCCUGCCGGUACGGCACCCCCUCAAAAAAUUUAUGGUGCCACGGCUCAAGUUUUCCAUACUGUUACAUUGCGCUACACAGAACCCUUUGAGGUCAUUAAAUAUAACGUAGCUACACAACCUGUUUCUUUUCAUCACCCUUUACACUGGCUUUUAUCAGGUCUAUUGGAAUAUGCUCACUUGCUGAAUGACGAUGUAUUAAACGAAGCUGGCUGGGAAGGUGGUUUUAAGAAGAUGAUUACCAUGUUCAGUGAGACAAAUACUGCCUCCCCUGUUAUUUUGUUGCCUAUUCUGGAUUACCCUGUUCGCACAAUUGUCUUUUCUUCUCAGAUUAGAGCCGGUGUUUGGGUCCGUAAUGGUUAUGGAAUCAGAAAUCAGGCUCAUCAUUAUCGCGAUAUUUCGCUUCGUGAAAACACUUAUGAUGCUGAUGUGUUCUUACUACAAUUAGGAUUCGUCACUAUCCAGCCCAACCGAUUUUUGGCUACGCUAUUAGAUAGAUUUGAUCUUGUUUCAUGGUUCCUGGGCAAGAACACCCACGACUAUUACGAUGCCUCACAAACAGUAUUCAUGGUGGAAGAAAUCCUGAACUUAUUGAUUGUGAUUGCAUGCGAAAGAGCCAAUGUUUCGGGCAUGUCUAUCUUGGACAAGAUUCGUCGUGAAAUUGUACAUAAUUUGUGUCUCGGGUCAUCCGCCUAUUCCGAAUUGACCAAGCGUAUCCCUGAACGUAUUACAGAGCAUCCUGAAUUCGACCGUAUUCUUGGUGAAGUUGCUAAAUUUAAGGCACCUGAUGGUGUGAAUGACCAUGGUUUGUACGAGCUUUUGGAUCCUUACUUUAGUACUGUCGAUACCUACUUUUGGCAUUUCAGUCGCAACAAUCGCGAGGAAGCCGAAACGAUUCUUAAAGCAAGAUGGAAGAAGGAAAACCCCGCUAGAAAGGAAGAAGAGUUCUUUAUCUUGCCCAAACAUAACCAAAUUGCACCCGGACCUUUCCAAUAUCUCGGCGACUUUUUACAAUCCACUGUGUUUGCUCAGUUGUUGUUCUACGCCAUGUGGAAUGUGCGUAUGGGUGACAAUCAUAAGAGUGAUACAAUCUUGGAUCAGACCCUUUAUUUGUUGUUAUUGGCUUUGACCGAUGAAAACAAUAGCAUUGUGAAUCAGGAUGGUAGCGGUGGAUUUAUGCAACAUGUGUGUGAUAAACGAUUCAUGGUCGAAUUGGCCUCAGCGCCCGGAGAAGAGGAUGCACCUAAACAAACUCAAGAAUUAACCCUAUUCGAUCUCAUGGUUCUUCUUCAGAGCGAAGAACAGUAUGAUGAAGUUACUAGUCGUUUCAUUUGGAUCUUUGGACAAUUGGAGUCCAAGGGACCUACCAAAACUCGCGAAUUGGUUCAAGACUGGAAGGUAAAGAAUGCCGUUCAAAUGCGCGAAGAUGCCAUUAAACAUGAAAAUAAUGGUGGUAUUGUUGAGUUAUCUGAAGUGGAAAAGAAAAAGUUGGCAGCUAAAGAACGACAAAAGAAAAUCAUGGCUCAGUUCGUACAAGCUCAGUCUCAAUUCAUGGAAAAUAACGAAGACCUAUAUGAUGACGACGAUGAUGAUUUUGCUGAUGCAUCAGAAACUUUUGGUGCAGAUAGUGAAGAUGGCAGCAAUCCUGAAAAUUUACACCAGUUCUGCUCCUAUCCUACUGGUACUUGUAUCGUUUGUCAAGAGGAUGUCAAUGACCGCUCUUUACCUUACGGUCUUUUGGGCCUUAUUCAAACAUCCAAUAUUAUGCGUGAGACCCCAAUGGAUGAUAAUUCACUUUUCAAUGAAAUUUACGCCAUGGGUUCCAAUCUUGACGUAGAUUGGCAAGACCGACAAUGUUUAGUAGAUGAUUCGGAUAGCAUUUCUGGUUUCCCAGCUCAGUUACACAAGACGGGUCUUUAUGCCUCAUCAUGUGGUCAUUUAAUGCAUAUCAAAUGCUUCGAAGUCUACUGUACAUCCAUCGACUCCAGGCACUCUGCACAACUUACACGUAAUCAUCCCGAAAAUCGAUCUAGAAGGGAAUUUAUGUGCCCUCUUUGUAAAUCUUUGGGUAACAUCUUAUUGCCUGUUUUUUGGAAGGGUAAAAAAGAAAGUUUCCCAGGUGUGAUUGCCAAAGCACAUGAUUCAGAUUUCUCAGACUUUUAUAAAACGGAUGUCAAUCAAAUUGUUGGCAAGUUAAAGCAUACUAUUAUAGCUGCCUCGCGCGCCGCACAAAGUAAAAAGCGAAGUUCAACAGCCACUGCUAGCCGUAUGAAAGAUGUUGUGGCACAACUUUUGCCUAGUUUACCAAUAGGAGGUACUACAUUCAACACUGGAGCCGCAAUGACAACUGCCACACCUGCUGUACGUGACUGGGCUCCUAUCACUUUACCUACUCGCCAUCAUGUCCCUACCACAUUAGAGAACAUGAAUAAUGAUGGGAUCGAUGCACUACCUACAUUGCAAGAUACAACACCCAAUAUCACAGAACGGUUAAACAAUGUAGAAGAAGAUCCUGAAAACGAUGAACAUGAUAGGUUAUUACAAAAUGCAAUUAAUUCAGGAUCAGAGCCUCCUCCCGAUGGUAAAAUGGGCCCGUUUGAAAACGAGACCUUACACAGUUCGGCUGCAUUAAGUGCUCCCUUUAUCAAGAAAUCAUACACCCGUCUUCUGGAUGUUCUUGGUAUCAUUUACCAGGAGAUUUGUACAGACGAAAAUGAGCGUGAAAUGUCAACUGCUGCUAAAAAUGUGGAUAUGCUUUGGGGUAUUAUGGGAUAUACUAUUGCCGGUGUUGAAAUUGCAGCCCGUGGUGCAUCAAAAACGGUCGCUAAAGAACAUAUUAUUACCAAUACACUUUUCGACCAGAUACCCCCUCAAACACAGAUGCUGCUUCGUAUCUUGAGUGAUACUGUAAUGGCUUAUACCACCAUGAUGUGUCCUUCUGAAUCGAAAUCAACAGUUCCAAGUAUUACUAUGGCGCGGGUUAGUAUGUUUUCUUUGGGUCGUAUCCGACAAAUGUUUGAGAUCAGCAUUGACGACGUCGCUAGUCUCUCUGCUGGCGGAACAGAAAAACUUGUGCUUUACGAUAAUGCUCCCAUCUUGGAAGAUGAUCCAUUUAUGAUCCUGACAGAAUUGUCACUUCAUAUGGUACCAUUGACCCAAGCUGAUAUAUUCCCCUUCGUACGCACAUUGCUUUUGGCUGAAUUUGCAAAGACAGCAGUAGGUUUGUUGCAAGAUAGAUUAACCCGUGAUUCCACCUCUCAACAUCAAACUGCUGCCAGUGAACCAUCGCAAGAUAUCGCUGCUGCCAAAUCAUUUGCUUAUUCUCUUAUGAACAAGUUAGGAUUCACCAAUGAACAAGCUCAUGAUUCAUUUGAAAAGUUUGGCAGUGAUGCAUCCUUCUGUGCUUUACUCAAAUUCUUUGUCUUGCCUUUCUUGCGUCGUACCUUAAUCUUGAUGAUUGUUAGAUUUGGCUUGAUUAUUCCCCCUAUCACCGAAGCCGAAAAUACUGAAUCUGAACUCGAUUGUUUAUUGCGAGUUUUACAUUUACCCAGUUUUUCAGACUUCUUACAACCAACACAUAUGACAGAGUCCUUGUUACAUCAUUGGUGCUCGCAGCAUGUGCGUGAGUCGGAACGUCGCAUUCAACUACAAGAAGGACGUGUCACAACAUUUAAUACACAGCAAUUAAUCAGUAUAUCUUUGGAUUUGCCUACGCCUAUUUAUUUGGUGGCAUUACCAAAGAGACUAGAUCGUCUGUUUGAUGAAAGCAUGCGUCGUGUCUGUCAAAAAUGUGGUACCGUGCCUAGCGAUCCUGCAUUAUGUUUAUUUUGCGGUACAUUUGUUUGCGCCCAAAGUUUCUGUUGUGCUGAAGAUGAGGAAGGUGAAUGUAAUUUACAUACAUUGGAAUGUGGUGGAGAGAUUGGUAUAUUUUUAUCCGUUAAGCGAUGCGUGUUAAUAUUAUUGCAUAACGGUAACGGUUGGUUCAUCAAUGCACCAUAUUUAGAUCCUCAUGGAGAGGUAGAUCAAGGGCUCAGACACGGUAGACCUCAAUAUUUAAAUGUUAAAAGAUAUGCUGAGAUUAGAAAAUUAUGGUUACAGCACAAUAUCCCUAUCUAUGUAGCACGACAAAUCGAAGCAAAUUACGAUAUCGGUGGUUGGACUACCUUGUAAAAUGAUAUAUCAUCCCCCCCACACACACACACACACUUUCUGUUAUUUUAAGAAAUAUAUUACUUGUUC